ACUCGCUCGCUCCCCCCGCCAGCGGAAGCGCCCGCGGAGCACAAUGCAGCACUGAGGCAGCGCCGCGGUGGAGGCUGCAGCGCCGCGGCCGCCGCAGCACCCGCUGGGGCUAGCAGGGGGCGGCCGAGGAGAGCCGAGGUGCGGUGGCGCGGGGCGAGGAAGCCGGACCCGGCUGCCUGCCGGGGCAUGAGAAGCUGAGCGUCUGGAACUAGGCGGGCUGACGGCAGCACCAUGCAGGCGGCGGCGGCGUCUGUGCCUUUCUUGCUGCUCUGCGCCCUGGGGACCUGCCCCCUGGCGCUCUGCGGACGGCCAGGAGAAGCCUCGCUGACUGAGCUGCAUAGAAGGAACGAAAACCGUUUCCUAGAGCGCCAGAGCAUCGUGCCACUCCGGCUCAUCUACCGCUCGGGCGGCGAAGACCAAACCCGGCACGGCGCGCUCAACACGAGGGUGCGGGGUGACCCUGGCGGCAGGCAGUUGACUCAUGUUGACCAGGCAAGCUUCCAGGUUGAUGCCUUUGGAACAUCCUUUAUUCUUGAUGUCAUGCUGAACCAUGAUUUGCUGUCUUCUGAAUACAUAGAGAGACACAUUGAACGUGGAGGGAAGAUGGUAGAGGUUAAAGGAGGAGAACACUGUUACUACCAGGGCCAUAUCCGAGGAAAUUCUGCGUCAUUUGUGGCACUGUCUACAUGCCAUGGACUUCAUGGGAUGUUCUAUGAUGGAAACCACACCUAUCUUAUUGAGCCAGAAGAAAAUGAUACCUCCCAAGAGGAUUUCCGUUUUCAUUCAGUAUACAAAUCCAGACUGUUUGAAUUUCCCUUGGAUGAUCUUCCAUCUGAAUUCCAACAUGUGAACAUCACUCCACCAAAAUUUAUUUUGAAGCCAAGAUCAAAAAGGAGUAGACGGCAGCUUCGAAGACAUCCACGUAAUGUAGAGGAAGAAACCAAAUAUAUUGAACUGAUGAUUGUGAAUGAUCAUCUCAUGUUUAAAAAACAUCGGCUUUCAGUUGUACAUACAAAUACAUAUGCAAAAUCUGUGGUGAACAUGGCAGAUUUGAUAUAUAAAGACCAACUUAAGACAAGGAUAGUAUUGGUUGCCAUGGAAACCUGGGCGGCUGACAACAAGUUUGCCAUAUCUGAAAAUCCAUUGAUCACCCUACGUGAGUUUAUGAAAUACAGGAGGGAUUUUAUCAAAGAGAAAAGUGAUGCAGUUCACCUUUUUUCGGGAAGUCAAUUUGAGAGUAGCCGGAGCGGGGCAGCUUAUAUUGGUGGGAUUUGCUCGUUGCUGAAAGGAGGAGGCGUGAAUGAAUUUGGGAAAACUGAUUUAAUGGCAGUUACGCUUGCUCAAUCACUAGCCCAUAAUGUUGGUAUUAUCUCAGACAAAAGGAAGUUAGCAAGUGGUGAGUGUAAAUGUGAAGAUACGUGGUCUGGAUGCAUAAUGGGAGACACAGGCUAUUAUCUUCCUAAAAAGUUUACCCAGUGUAACAUUGAAGAAUAUCAUGACUUCCUCAAUAGUGGAGGUGGUGCUUGUCUUUUCAACAAGCCUUCUAAGCUUCUUGAUCCUCCCGAGUGUGGCAAUGGCUUCAUUGAAACAGGAGAGGAGUGUGACUGUGGGACCCCAGCAGAAUGUGUCCUGGAAGGAGCAGAGUGUUGUAAGAAAUGCACCUUGACUCAAGACUCUCAAUGCAGUGAUGGUCUGUGUUGUAAAAAGUGCAAGUUUCAGCCUAUGGGGACUGUGUGCCGAGAAGCAGUAAAUGACUGUGAUAUUAGUGAAACAUGCUCAGGAAAUUCAAGCCAGUGUGCCCCAAAUAUUCAUAAAAUGGAUGGAUAUUCAUGUGAUAAUGUUCAGGGAAUUUGCUUUGGAGGAAGAUGUAAAACCAGGGAUAGACAGUGCAAAUACAUCUGGGGGCAAAAGGUGAUGGAAUCAGACAAAUACUGCUAUGAGAAACUGAAUAUUGAAGGGACGGAGAAGGGUAACUGUGGGAAAGAUAAAGACACAUGGAUACAGUGCAACAAACGGGAUGUGCUUUGUGGUUACCUUUUGUGUACGAAUAUUGGUAAUAUCCCAAGGCUUGGAGAACUGGAUGGUGAAAUCACAUCUACUUUGGUUGUGCAACAGGGACGAACAUUAAACUGCAGUGGUGGGCAUGUUAAGCUUGAAGAAGAUGUAGAUCUUGGCUAUGUGGAAGAUGGGACACCUUGUGGUCCCCAAAUGAUGUGCCUAGAACACAGGUGUCUUCCAAUGGCUUCCUUCAACUUUAGUACUUGCUUAAGCAAUAAAGAAGGCACUGUUUGUUCAGGAAAUGGAGUUUGCAGUAAUGAACUGAAGUGUGUUUGUAACAGACACUGGAUAGGUGCAGACUGUAGCACUUUCUUCCCGCUCGAUAAUACGAAGAAUGGUGAUUUAACUCUGGCUGGCAACGGUGUUGCUGGUACCAAUAUCAUAAUAGGCAUAAUUGCUGGCACUAUUUUAGUGCUGGCCCUCAUAUUAGGAAUAACUGCAUGGGGUUACAAAAACUAUCGAGAACAGAGGUCAAAUGGACUCUCUCAUUCUUGGAGCGAAAGGAUUCCAGAUACAAAACAUAUUUCUGACAUCUGUGAAAAUGGGCGACCUCGAAGUAACUCUUGGCAAGGUAACCUGGGAGGCAACAGAAAGAAAAUCAGAGGCAAACGAUUUAGACCUCGGUCUAAUUCAACUGAGAGGGAGCCCCAAGCACCUGAGCCUGGGCACUCCCUCGCCCAGACUGUCCCAUCCCAAGGCAUAAGCCCAGGGGGCUCUGACAGCCCCCAGACAGGGAGUCUGGAUCACAGGACUUUAUCUCCUGCCAAAUCUCCUUCUUCAUCAACUGGGUCCAUUGCCUCCAGCAGAAAGUAUCCUUACCCAAUGCCUCCACUUCCUGAUGAGGAGAAGAAAGUGAACCGACAAAGUGCCAGGCUAUGGGAGACAUCCAUUUAAAGAUCAACUGUUUACAUGUGAUACAUCGAAACUGUUUACUUCAACUUUUAUAGAAACCCAGCCUCAUGGAGUCACUGCAAAUCUAUCUGCUCUUCAAACAAUAUGAAGACGCUCUGAGAUAUCACAGAGGAGAGGAAGCCAAGUCUCACAUCUCAAUACCAUCUUCUUUUUGUCAUUGGCUUAGGAUUUAACUGAACCAUGAAAAGAAUUGCUGAAAUGUUACACUCUUAACAUGAAACAAUAAAGGUACCGGUAUGUUAAUGGAAAAUCUGCAUGACAGACAUAUGUAGAAAUAUCACUAAAAAUAACUCACAUAACCCAAAUGUAGCCAGUUUCCUAAGGGACAAUAGUGGAUUCAGAACUUGACAUUCUGAAGCACAUCCUCAUUGUAGACAGUAAUGCUAUGUGCAUGAAGCUUCUGUUUGUUUUCCACAUUUAAGGAAACAUCCCAUAAUAGAAACUAGCAUGCAGAGCUAAAGCAUAUAGGAUUUUUCUGCAGGACUUUAAAGCUUUGAGAGGCCAAUAUUCCAUAUGCUAAAACUUAAACAUGUAUUUUUUUUGUUUUAUUUUUUACUUUUCUUAUUUAUAUCAGCAUACAAGGACAGUUGUACAUAUGUAAACAUUUUUAAAAUAAAAAAAGCAGCUCACACACAAGUGUAUUUUGCCAAAUGCCUAAAAACAAUCAGUCACAAUCGUACCAUCCUCAUCCAUCAAAUGGUCUUUAAAUGAUUACAAGCCGAUGAUGUAAAUAUAGUGGUCAGUGCUGUAAAAGCGUUUCUCCAUAACUGGUAUUUGUUCUAAAACAUGUGGUAUCCCUUUAAACUGUGUACAGUCUGGAGGCAGUUUCACUGAGUUUUUAACUGAUCUAGAGAACAAAAUGCCCAGUAAACUUGGGGACUCCCAAACAAGCUGGGGUAGGAGUCCAGUAAUGCAGCCGCUGUCCUCCCUCUGGCCACUCUGCUGGUUGGCUCUUCUCUGGGAAUCCUCCAACCUGUCCACUUUCUGGGGGCUGCUGCACCUGCUUCAGCAAUGGUUUUAUUUCAGGACCAGAGCACAUUGCUAGUCUCACCCUGGAGGCCUAUGAGUCCCACAGCAGUAUGCUGUGCUCAUUAUCCAAGUGCACCAAAGACACCCGAGACCACAGGCUGCUGAAGCAUUGGUAGCUUCCAAAUUGCCCAUUAUCUAACCCUCUGUGAUCUGAAGUUUUGUUCUUUAGCAAAACAUUUUGCCCACCCUUAUCUGUGAGAUAAAUGAUCUGUUUUAGUAAAAACAGCUUUUACUCUGUUAUUAAGAAUAUUGAUCAUUAGUGGCACCUGAGUCCCAACAGGCCAUUCCACACUGACUUUGAAACAAAGAUAUGGAUGGUUCUACUAGCCAGACUGGGGCCUCAACAAGCCUCAAAGGGUUAAACUAAACCUAAAAACCACAUGUGUGGCAACUGUGAAUUUAGCCAAAUAGCAGACAGAGGAAAGAAUCUGAUGUAUUGAACUCUAUAUAUUUUUAAUCCAUAGAAAAAUGAAUAUUGGAUGUUAAAGUUGCUUCUUUACACCCAGAGUUUUAUAGCUGUUUAUAAUGCAGUCUUGUCAUUCUUACAAAAAGCUUCCUUAGGGAGGCUGCUCUAGUGAGUUCAGAGAUCGAUGGGAUCAAAAGCCUUGAUGUGAAGAGUACUUCUGAAUUUCCUCAUUUUUCUCUCCUUUUUCUUGAGAGGAAUAGAAUCUGUAGACAAGAUUUCAGAAAUAUCUUCUAAAUUUGAUCUCUCUUCCUGUAGUGUCCAUAGAAAAAACUCAUCUCACCUCCAUGUAUAAUCAGCCUGGAUGCCCAAACUUAAGGGCUGAGUUAGAAGGCAGUGUUUCAUAGUCUAUGUAUUUGUCUUCUGUAAUGGGCCUCUCUCCUAAAAGUCUUUGAAAACAUUUGAACAGCAGUUUAAUCAUUGAAAACUAGAAAAUGUAAACAGCAUUUUAUAUGACAGGAAGGGAUGUGAUUGUAGUUACUACAACAAAAUAAUCCAAUAGACUAAGGACUGGGUGAGUGUUGAUGACAUUGACAGUUGCCACACCAUCCAAACCAAGGACAGCAGGGCAGACAGAUUUAAAAAUGUAGCAAAUAAAGUGGCUUUCACCAACAGCACUUUAAUGUGCACUGAAUGUUUUCUGGUAUUGAGUAUAUAAAAUGUUAAUGUUGCAAGGUUUAUUUUGACUACAAAGUUUCUAGAUUUGAAUGUAUGGUACCUUGUGUAAAUAUGCUUCCUAGUUAUGAUUACACAAACCCUAAUUGAAAUGAGUCUACAAAUGAUUAGCUACAUAGUCAACAGUUCCCCUUCACCCCUUUCCUUCCUCAGCUUCUCAGUUAUUUUUAUGUGAAAAUUAUGUGCCUUUUGGGAAACAUGGUUGUUCUAGAAAUGUAUCUUUCCUGGUCAUCUUCUUUAGUAAUAACUUUCAAAUGGAACUGAAAGAAGUCUUAUUUGAAGAGAGAUUAUUUUAUACGAGUUUUAAUUCUGGGUGUCUAAGAAUGUUUAAAACAUUCAGAGUCAUUUGCAGCUUUCCUUAAUAAGUUUAUAAUCUCAAAAGAUAGUUUCAAAAAGUUCCUAUAUAUGUACUUAUGGUUGGUGUUCUAGAUAUAUUAAAUCUUAAUAUUUAUUAUGACUUCUCAUCCACUGAGGCAGGGAGAAUAGACCCAUGGCACUAAAUAUAAGCACAGCAUUUUUUAAAUAACUAUCUAUUUUGGCAAGGAACUUUGAGUUCACAUUACAGUUGGUAUCAUUUAUCUAUAUUUAUGUUCCACAGUCAAAUAGUAGACUGUUGUACUAAGCAGAGGGAGCAGUAAUGUGUUUUGUUGUUGUUGUUGUUGUUAUCCCAUAUUAUGCCUUUUUCCUUUCUGAAGUUUUGCGCAUGUAUAAGAUUGACAACCUGCUGUCUGAGAUGUUCCAUUUAUCCAUAGUCAUGAUAGUGAAGUAAAAUGGGAUUAAAAGAAACAGUUAAAUCUCUCCACUAAAGUUGACCAAAUGGUGUGUGGGGGUAACAGGGAACCCUGAAGGAGCUUGCUAGCCAGACUAACUAGUCUCUGAGUCCAGCCAUUUUCUUUAGACAGGAAGUGGUGUCCCUCUGCAGUGUCCCAGGUACACUGGUCUCCAGUUAUAUGUAAUGUGUGGGAAGGAAUAAACUCCUCAACAGUGUAGCACAAUGAAGGUUUUCAAUUUUCUGAAAUUGCCAUGUUUUUUUGAAAAACCCAGUGCUACUCCUUAAAAAUUAUUGACUAAUAAUUAUUGACUAAUAAAGUAAAUGUAGGAUUAAAAUACCAAACAAUUUUCAGUUUGAUAUAGGUGCUUUAUUAAGUGACACUACAAUUUAUUCUAUAUUUUUUCCUCUUGUUUAAAAAGGUUUUUAAAAUUGUUUUUAUACUGAAAUUCAGUCCAGUAUAGCUUUUUGAAUAUAAUAUUGAUAGGCAUUCUAUAAGAAGUUGCUAAAAAGAUAAAAUUAGAUAUUCUAUGCACAUGCAGAGAAUUAUUUGUUUGAAAUCCAUAACAUGCUUACAUUUCUUUUUUCCUUCUAUUGAUUCCCUUGAAGAUCUGCAUAAUUUAAUUCAUUUUAUGAUUUUGUUCUUUACUUCUUAUAGUUACCUUUGGGCAAGAGGAAAUUGGUGUUUCUAUUCACUGCUUUCAGUGUUCCAAAGUCAAGUUUAUUUAACAUUCGUUCUUCAUUUCCUGUUGUCAUGCAAUUCUAUUUUUGCCUCAUAUAUUUAGUACUUUAAAUAGUUCCUUGUGUUAUUCAACAUGAUAAUAAAUCCUUAUCCAAAGAAAAGACUUUUAUUUUACUUUAUGUCCCUUAAACUUAAAGGAAAGGGAAUUUAUUGGAAGGAUACCAAGUACCUUUCGGGAGGGGAAAGUGAAGUAUAUACUGAAUGAAGGGAGUGAAGGAUGAGAGGCAAGCUGGCUGGGCCACAGCCUAACAGGGCACCACUGCUGGCUGCUGCCCUGAACUGCCUCUAUGGCCAGCAUAUUUUAAAUGCCAUCCUACCAGUUGAUAUAUUGGCUCGAGUUUUCCAUGAAAUACUCUGACCCCUUUGCAACACAAUGCCUACUUUUUAUGGUCCUAAUUAUCUUUUUCCUUUCAUUUCUGUUUUCCUUUUAAUUACCACCCAUAUCCCAUCCAUUCACUUAAGAAAUGGAGUCAUGAUGAAUUUCUCAUUCUCACUCUACUGACUUAAAAUAUAUUAGAAGCAACCUAUGAAAUAGGGCUUAAUUUGGGGUUUAAACUUUUUUGCUUUUCCCACCUGAGAUAUUUUCUGAAUGGAUAAGACUACUCUGAAAUUGGAUGCAGCAACUUUCCUCCCAGGAGAGCGAAGGACUUCACAGUUUCCCCUGUUUAUCAUACUGUGAGGCGCCCAGCUGGCUCUUGUGAAAAUCAGCUGGAAGCAGCAGUGCAUCUGCCAUGUGUCAGGUGUGGGGAGUGGAGUGCGGGCACAGUUAAACAUGCCGGGACCUCUUGGCAAUUUGCUCAUAACACAUGUGCUUUUAACCCAAGAGGAGCUAUUUCUCCGCCUGCAGAAGCAGAACAAAGAUGCAGUGAGACCUUAGAAAUCAAGGGAUAAUAUUUCUGUUCCUUUUAUUCCCUGCUUUACAAAUUCUCAAAAUGGAGCAUGUUCUGAUUCAGUUUAUAGGUAGAAACAAAACAUUCAAAACAAACCUGCCUGUAUUUUGGCCUUCAUAUUCAGAGCCUGAUAAGCAGUAAGCAUCCUCACUGUGGGAUUUGUUCCAGACCCUUCCUGCUUCCAAAGUAGCUCCCCCUUCAGUGGCUGUCAUGAAGGUAAGUCCUUUCUUUGGUGAAACUGGCAUGUGGGAGAACAAUAGGGGUACAGAGCUGGGGGGAGGGACAGUGGAGUCACCUUCAGUCUGCUCACUUUGGCACCUGGCAUGAUUAUGCAACUUUGGAAAUCACUGAAAGAUGGCUCUUCAGGAUGUACGUUGCAGGCUUGAAGGAGAUCAGAGGCAGUGAGCCCUGGGAGGAUAUGGGAGGGUUUCUGACAUAGGAACAAAAUUGAGAGCACAUAAAGUGGUCAGAAGCCAAGUGUGCAGAAGAGUACCAGAUGGCUGCUUGGAAUUGUGAUGGGGAGAGGGGUGAUGGGAGCCUACAGCAGACUUGUAUGCUUUGCUAUUUUUUACUGAGUGUUGGCUCUAUAAAUGCUUCAAGGUCCAGUUCAUGAUGGGCCAGUCACUCUGCCUGAUAUGUCCCUAUGGCAUUGUUCAUAGGAUUUGUGUUAAAUCAUACCAGGAGGUGCUUUGAAGCGAGCAGAAUUUUGCUUAUGGCAUCAUUUCAUGUUUCUAGGUCUUUAAAAUCAAAACCAGGGAAAAUGUUUUUUUUGUUGUUGUUAAUGAUCUAAGCAAUUUUGCUAAGGUAAUGUACAUAAAAAUGUCAUCAGUAAAGUUUUCAAAGAGUCUAUGAAGGGCACUUUCCUUCAAAUUAAAAAAAAAAACAAAUACAUAUAAUUAUAAUAUACUGCUUUAGGGCUUAUCCUCUUUUUAAAAAAGUUUCAGAUGUGGAUUUGUUUUGAAGGUCAAACUCUUAAAAUAAUGCAAAUAGCCCCCAAAUCUUUAAAUAUAGCGGUGCUAAGUAAUACCAGAGAAUAUAGAAAGUGCUGAUAUGAAUUAAUGCAUUUAUUCAGUAAUAACAAAGAAUUCUUACUAAAUUAUACAUGUGUAUCACUGCCUGAUUUGAAAUCCCACCUUUCUUUUCUAGUCCAGCACAAAAUCAAAUUGUGAUUCUAUAGCUAGUGUUUUUAAUGGGUAAAAAUGACCCAACACUUUUGUUUUGUAUGGGAGACUUUUUUUUUCUAAUAGCAAAAAUGCUUAAGAAAAGGUUAUUCAGUAUAACUAAGCAUAUACUCCUUUCUUAACUUGCUGGAAAAGACUUACCCCUUCAAUCUAGCAUCCCCAAACACUUAGAAACUGGGCGUUCUACCUAAACACAGCAGUUCAUAUGUCAGCCAUUAUAGGUCUAGCUAGUGUUAUCCACAUCUAUCAUAUUUGAGGGGUGAUGUCCCAUCUAUGGAUAGUGGAAGGCACUUCGUGGGGAAGUGUUAAUAGCAUGGAUUCACUUUUGGUAAUAGUAAUUAUGUAUAUAUAUUUAGAUUGACAUCAUUUUAACAUAUUCUCUCUGCUACUCUGCACUUCAGGUCUUAAGCUAUUUUAAAAAUUACUGGGUUUUGGCAAACACCAACUGAAUUGUACAUGGCAACUGCUUUCCUGAGCAACAUGUGAUUUGUUUUAUGGCUGUUCAAGUUAUAAAAUUGUUCUUAUAUUGUAGGUAAACAAUCUUGCUGUUUUUAAAGGUCACUGUAACUUGAUGUUCAACUUUCUGGCACAAUUUUAUUAGUAUUCACUUUUGAAGCUAAUAA